AUGGGCGAUCCAUUAGAUCUCCUUAUUUGUGUGACGUGCGGUGUGCAAUACAGCGAAACCUUGGAGUCACAACGCAAGGCGUGCCCUGUAUGCGAUGAUCCGCGUCAAUACGUUGCAGCAGCCGGGCAAUCCUGGACAACGCUGCGGGGCAUGCGCGAGUCUGGGAAAUAUCAGAAUAAAUUCACGCCGAUCCAAGACAGAUCUCUGGCGAGCAGCAACAGUGAUAAACGCCAGUUGAUUAGCAUCCAGACGGUGCCGCAGGUAGCCAUCGGCCAGCGAGCUCUGUUGUGUGUCUCACCGCAGGGAAACGUGCUCUGGGACUGUAUCACAUAUCUCGACGCGCAGACUGUGGACACCGUGAAAAGCUAUGGCCCGCUGGACGCCAUUGUUAUUUCGCAUCCGCAUUAUUUUAGUACCUGUCUUCAAUGGGCAGAGGCAUUCGGGUGUCCCGUGUAUCUCUCUGCAGAAGACGAACAGUGGAUCAUGCGCCGCUCUGAGGAUGUUAAUAAGAUGGUGCUAUGGCCCGGGCAGCGAAAAGCUUUUUGCAGUCGCAAGAAUGACGAUGAUGCUGUUGAAUUUGUCUGUGUCAAGACAGGCGGACAUUUCCCCGGCUCGUCUGUUUUGUAUUGGCCAGCGACGAGGAAGUUGUUGGUGGCUGAUACGAUUUAUGUGGUGCCUUCAGGCGUGUACCAUGUCAAUAGGCCGGAGGGGACAACCUCGUUUUCGUUUAUGUGGAGCUAUCCUAAUAUGAUACCGCUCCCGCCGGAUGAGAUUCAAAAUAUCUGGCAUGCAAUCAAGGACCUGGACUUUGAAGAUACACACAGCGCAUUUUGGGGCAGAGAUACGUAUGGAAGAAGUAAAGAGCGAGUCUUGGAGAGUGCAAAAAUCGUCGUCAAGUCAAUGGGGCAUGCGUUGCAUGCUAUCCAUGAUGAGACGGUGUGA